CCAACUUUUUCUCCCAGCUUACUUCGAACUUCAGUUCUCCCAAGUAACUAGGAUUAUAGGCCUGAACCACCAUACCUUGCAAACACAGAAUUACUCUUAAAAGUAUCAUUCUGUUACAUAAAAUGGGUUUGAAAGAGGGUUAGAAGCAGGGCAAACAAGUCUAUUUGUAAGUGUUCAUGUCUCAAACAAGAUCAAGCAGAAGUAGAAAAAAAUGAAUUUGAAAGAUUUAGGAGAUAGAAUCAGUAGUCCUUGUAACCAAAUGGCUUAGAGGAAUAUUGCAGAAGAAUGAGGCUAAAAUUAUGAUUGCUGUGUGUUUGACUUGACAAACUGAAUGGAAAUCAGCCAUAAACAAAGACAAAUAAGAAGGGAGAAAAAAUCUGGACCUCUGAUAAUUUAUCUUUUGGUUGAUGCUUGUUUAAUAAUUAUUGUUAAUCUGAGAAUUCUUGGCCUACUCAGUUUUAGGUUGUUAGCUCUGUCUGUACCUUUAGGAUUUAUUUGGGGAAAACUAAGAGCAAAAAUUCAAACUCUUGGUGAGACACAAUUCUUGGGUUUGGGAGGGUUUAAUAUCUGCAAACGCUUUUUGUGUAUGUAAUAUAUAGGUACUGUGAAACUUUUUACUUAUUUUAUAGGUUAGCGAAGCAGGUGUUCAUAGGCCCCAUGUUGGUGGAAUUCAUGGUCGCAGUAAUGACGGGGCAUAUUCCCUUGUCCUGGCUGGUGGAUUUGCAGAUGAAGUAGAUCGUGGUGAUGAAUUCACAUACACGGGAAGUGGUGGUAAAAAUCUCGCUGGUAAUAAAAGAAUUGGUGCGCCAUCAGCUGAUCAAACACUUACAAACAUGAACAGUUGUUUUCUAUUAUACGUGGCACAGAUGUUAUUACUUUCAGAAGAACCCUACAGGCUAUCUGAGAACCAAUCCCCUGGCUUGGGGGUAACAUCAGAAAACUGAUUUGUCUUCUCUGCUGGUGGGGGAAAGCAUAAUCCUAUUAUCUGGAAUAAUGUGGAAAGAAUCAUAGAAUCUUAACCAUCAGGUAAGGCAUAAUUCACCUUUUAAUUGAGCCAAUGACUCGAUUAUAUACUUGCAGAAAGAUUACUUGGUAUAAAGACUUUAUUUUAUUUUUUUAGGGCAUUGGCUCUAAACUGUGAUGCUCCAUUGGAUGAUAAAAUUGGAGCAGAGUCUCGGAAUUGGAGAGCUGGUGGUGAAAUACUGGCCAGAGAUUUCAUCUAGCCAUGGGUUCUUGGUUUGGCGCUAUCUUUUAAGAAGAGAUGAUGUUGAACCUGCUCCUUGGACCUCAGAAGGAAUAGAGCGAUCCAGGAGAUUAUGUCUACGUUUACAGUAUCCAGCAGGUUACCCUUCAGAUAAGGAAGGGAAAAAGACUAAGGGACAGUCAAAGAAGCAGACCAGUGAAGCCACAAAAAGGCCAACUUCAGAUGAUGAGUGUCCAAGUGCCUCUAAAGCAUUGAAAGCAUCCGAUCCAGCAGAAGCAGUUGAGGCUUUCCAACUCACCCCUCAACAGCAGCACCUAAUCAGGGAAGACUGUCAGAACCAGAAGCUGUGGGAUGAAGUGCUUGCAUCUCUUGUGGAAGGACCAGUAUGUAAAGAGUUUCUUAAAUAAUAAUGUUCUAAUAACAAAUGAUGAAAUCAAGUAUGAGUUACGCAUUCAGUUAAAACAUGAUCCUAUCUAGUUUUCUCAUCCAGUGCCACCACCAUUCAGAAAUAAUUUGAGGCAAUAAUUUUAAAUGCUCGUGAAUUUAUUCUAAACCUCUUAGAUGUUGAUUUUUUACUUCUUUAUGCCUGAACUUUAUAAUUUACAUUGAGGUGCUAUUCCUGGGAAGAAUUUCACUUGUGAAACAUAGCUUAAUCUAAAACUCACCAAGAAAGGGCUUACUAUACUUCAAAGUUAUAUAAUAGGGCAUAAGUCUUAAGCAUUGUCAAGUUGGAAGUAAAAAUAAAUCAGUAUUAAUUUAUUUAAAUAUUUUAAUUUUUUUUCUAUUUUGGCAAUCAUAAACUUUUAAGGUAAAAAGGAAUUGGAAGGUUAAUGUGUUAAAGCCAUGUUCUGCAAAUGAAGCUUAAAAUUCCCCACAAAGUUGGAGGCUUCAAAUGUGAAUUAUCGGUUUGUCUGUGCUCCCUUGCUUUUAUUGUAUCUUUAAUUUUGCUUAUAAAUUUGAAUCUUUUUUUUUGCAAUGACCUCUUGUUGUUUAUAAUAAAGUUUUCUUUAUUGUGAUGUACAGCUGUUGUGAGUGGAUUAGUUAAAAGUCCAUCUUGUCAUCUCUUAAUAAUUUCUUCUUUCCAUUGUUCCUUUAUUUCUCUCAUUACAAUGACUAGACCUUCUCAUAUGUCUGAAAUGAGGUUAUUGACUAUCUCUACGCUGUCUAUACAGACUAAAAACAAACUCUUAGGCGUUUUUUUAUCACCUUAGAUAGUUAUCAUUAUUGUGUAAAGGAAGAAUCUUUCUAGUAAAUUUUUAUACUUUUAGAAGCUGAAGUUUAGUGCAAGUUAUUAAAUCCUUUUUUGAUUUAAAUUGGAAGCAUCACAAAAAUUAAAUCAAGGGAAAGAAAACAGGUGA